AUGUCUGCCCUAGAAAGCUUCCUCGCCCAAUUCACCCUCGUCCUGCAAGACGCCACCGCACAACUCCAAGGCCCCCUCAACGAUGAACGCAUUACAACCCUCAACCCCUCCGAGACGCUCCCCGAGAACAACAAGAAGCUAUGGGAUCUCCUCGCCCAAACCGUCAACAUGGCCGACCAAAUCGUCCACCUCCUCCAACCACCAGCCAUCCGCCUCGCAGAAACAUACCUAGCCUACCUCGACACCAAAGCCCUCGUCGCAGCCGUAACGCACAACAUCCCCGACCUCCUCACUCAAUCCCCUCCCCUCCCAACCCCCCUCCUCGCCCAAAAAGCAAACCUCCAACCCCUCCGCCUCAAGCAAAUCAUGCGCGCCCUCCACCACAACAACGCCAUCUUCGCCUACGACCCAAGCACAGACACGUACUCCCACAACGAAGCCUCCCUCCUCCUCCAAAAGGACCACUGGACCCAAUGGCACCGCUGGGUCACCCUCUACGGCGACGAGUUCUACGACGCCGCGCGCUCCAUCCCCGACGCCAUCCGGGCAGACGAAUCCCGCAGCGCCGCCCAGAUCGCAUACGGCACCGACAAGCCCAUAUUCACCUACUUUGCCGAAAGGGGCCUCCAGGAGAAAUUCCACAAAGCCCUCGGCGCAGGCGCAGUCGCACAGGCUCCCGGGAUGCUGGCGGACUACAACUGGAAGGAACUCGGCGAUGCCGUCGUCUGCGACAUUGGGGCCGGCGGAGGAGACUUUAUCGCCGCUCUCUUGCGCAAGAACCCCCCCAUGAGAGGCGCCGUCCUCGAGAUUCAGCCCGUAGUAGACAUGCUCAAACAGAAACUCGAGCAACCAGACGGCGUCUUCAACGAUGUAGCAGAUCGCAUGACAAAUCUCCACGCAGGCGACUUCCUCACCACCAUCCCCCCUUACGAAGUCUACACCAUGAAGUGGUGCCUCCACAACUGGACAGACGCCGACGUCCUCAAGAUCCUCGCCAACGUCCGCCGCGCCAUCAAAAUCAGCCCCCGCGCGCGGAUGGUCGUCAUCGAGUCCGUCCUCAAGGAAGGCCGCAGCUCGCGCGUCUGGAGAUAUGGCGAUCUGACCAUGAUGUCCACGGCCAAUGGUAUGGAGCGUACGGAGGCGGAAUGGAGGAAGCUCGCGGGACAGGCGGGCUGGGUCGUCAAGGACAUUGUGCCUUUGCGACAUGCUUGGGCUUCGGCCAUCGACUUGAGGCCCUUCUUUACCGUGUCGAUGUAA